CCCGAGGGCGGGGGCGGGGGCGGGGCAGGGUCCAUCGCGCGUGCGCGCGGGACGGUCUUUUCACGUGUUCCGAGGGCCGGACUGCGAGUCUCUUUGCGGCGGCGGCACGAGAGCAGAGUCCGAGCUGCGGCGGCGCGAGUCAUGGCUGGACAAGCAUUUAGGAAGUUUCUUCCACUUUUUGACCGAGUAUUGGUCGAAAGGAGUGCAGCCGAAACUGUAACCAAAGGAGGCAUUAUGCUUCCAGAAAAAUCUCAAGGAAAAGUAUUGCAAGCAACAGUAGUAGCUGUGGGAUCAGGCUCUAAAGGAAAGGAUUUCUAUAAUUGGCCUGAUGAAUCAUUUGAUGAGAUGGACAGUACACUUGCUGUUCAGCAGUAUAUUCAACAGAACAUAAGGGCAGAUUGCUCCAAUAUUGACAAAAUUCUUGAACCUCCUGAAGGCCAAGAUGAAGGUGUGUGGAAAUAUGAACAUUUAAGGCAAUUCUGCCUUGAACUAAAUGGACUUGCUGUCAAACUUCAGAGUGAAUGCCACCCAGAUACUUGUACUCAAAUGACAGCAACUGAACAAUGGAUUUUUCUUUGUGCAGCUCAUAAAACUCCAAAAGAGUGUCCUGCUAUAGACUAUACUAGACACACACUUGAUGGUGCUGCGUGUCUUCUGAAUAGCAAUAAAUAUUUUCCCAGCAGGGUUAGCAUAAAAGAAUCAUCUGUAGCAAAACUAGGAUCAGUAUGCCGUAGAAUUUACAGAAUAUUUUCACAUGCUUAUUUUCAUCACCGGCAGAUAUUUGAUGAGUAUGAAAAUGAAACAUUUUUAUGUCAUCGAUUUACUAAAUUUGUGAUGAAAUAUAAUUUGAUGUCGAAGGAUAACCUGAUUGUACCAAUUUUAGAAGAGGAAGUUCAGAAUUCAGUUUCUGGGGAAAGUGAAGCAUGAAGGGAAUCAUACAGAAAAAUGUACUGAUCACAUAAUUAACGUUAAUUAUGUACUGUAUAUAUAUAUAUCAUUUUAGACACAUCAAUCAUGUAUCCACAUUAUAGCUUCUUUCUUUAGUAUAGGUUUUUGUAUGCUGUGUGUUGCCUUUUAAAAUGGGAAAUACUUUUUAAGUUAUUCAUGAGCUGUAUAUUCACCAGUGUGGCACUCACAGUUUUUAAAUAAGAUUAGUAUUAUCUGUUUAUAAUGCUUGUUAAUAAAAGAAUUUACAGUUUGGUAAAAUUGCUGCUAAACAAUCAUUGGAUCACAAUCCUCAUCAAAUAAACCUAUCUAUAAAAAUGAGUGAGCUUGAAGUUUCAACAAGCCAUUUACUGAAAAGAUAGUAAUGUUUUCCUUUGAUUUUACCCCUGAGUUUAGAUAUUUUAAACAAUUCUGUAGUACAUAGUUUCAUCUUAACUGUUAACAUUUUGAAAAUUAGAUAAGUGUUUUAAAAUUCUGUUUAUAGUUUUUGAUAUACAUAUGUGAUUAUUAUCCAAAUAAAAGAGCAAAUGAGGGAUUAGUAAUACUUAAAUAAGUUUACUGUGCUACAUAAAGUAUGUUCUAGGCCAGUAUAGUAUAGUUGGAAAGGUUUUACCUUUUCAUAAUAGCAGAUUAUUAAAUAUGUGAUGAUGAUAACAGUAAGGCACUAAAUGAUGUUCCCACUGGAAACCUGCCCUGUCUCCUCCUUCUCAUAUCCCUUAAUCCUCUCCCCAAACCACUUUGGCUUAGAAGUUUUUUCACCAUGAUUUAGUUGUGGCUUAUUCCUAUUUAUAUUUGUAUUAAUUGCUUACAGAUUAUACCUCGUAUUAGCAAUUAUAUUACACUACAGGAAAACUGUAUUGGCAUAGGCUCUUGCUUAUCUUUGUUUUGGGAAAUUGUUCUUACUACUUAUAGCCUUAAGAUAGUUUGACGUUUCCUGUUAGUGAUAUUAAUCUUCUAAUCCUAGCAGCAUUAAAUAGAAAUGAAGACAUCCUAUAGUAUUUAUUUUAUGCCCCCUCCCCAAAAAUUUAUGUUGAAUUAUUAUACAAGUGAGAUUAUUUGUAGUAAUUUACAGGUUCCAAUGAUGUUUAUGCAUGGUCAUAUGUUUUGGGACUUUGUUAUAAUUCAUUGUCUUUAACAAAAAUUCAAGUGCAGGUUUAACAAUUUUAUAAUUUGUUGAGUAAGGUUUUUUGUAAAGUGUUGGAGGUCUUAUUGCCAAACUGGUUUUAAUGACUCACUAAGAUAGGAUAAAAAAAUUGUACGUGUUGUGAAGAAAAUACUGAAAGCCAUCUCUUGACCAAACUUAAACAAACUUGAGGAACUUUUUUUUUUUUUUUCAUUUAAAGGAGUUAUUUUGAAGUGAAGAUGAAAAUGUAUUCAUCUUAAUUUUUUUUUAAUUUGAGGAAAUAAAUUAUACUGUAUUACAAGGCAAGUAUGUACAGAAAAGGGUGAGAAAUAGAAGACUGAGAGUAUGUUUAUAUAGUUUAUUCUUUUCCAAGCCUGCCUGUCUUUUUGACUUUAAACAGUACUAUCCCAGCAGCCACAGUCAUUACUGUACCACAAACCACAAUUAUCUUUCAAGAAGUUUUAUGUUCACAGUGAAAGGAAUGUAUUGACUUUGAAAUUAUGCAUUUAUAUUAAUGUUAGUAUAAACCAAUGGGAAUAGUACUUUUUAAACAAAUUUGCUAAAUAUUGAGAGACUAAACUACUAAGUUAAUAAAUUAUAUGUAGCAAUGUAGCUGUUCUCUGGAUGGUGUCUCACAAUGGAUUUCUGUUGCUUGAAUAUUUUCUUAGUGAACAUUUGAACUAAGGUAGUGACUGGGAUUGGUGAUUUGGCUAAAUAUUUUGAAUCUUAGUGUUAACAGGGAAAUAAAAUACCAUUUUUUUCCUAACUCA